AGAGGGAGGGGAGCGAAGGGAGGCAAAGAGCUGAGGUGGAGACGGGAGGGCGCGCAGCUUGGUUGCUCGGUAGUACGGCGGCUCGCGAGGGAGAAUCCCGGGCGGACUCCGGGACGCCCCGAGAGGCGGGCGGGGAUGGUGUGCGGGGCUGCGGCUCCUGCGUCCCUUUCCCGCGGCGACUGAGCUGCACUGAUUUUUUUUGUCCCCCUGAGGCGGCAGCGUGGACCCGCCUGGAGAUGAGGUAUGGCUUCAGUGUUGUUAUUACGCAGGAGUCUGGUUGAUUGUUUGAUUGUGAGGCCCUGACUGACACGUGUAAUUAAAUGAGUUUGAAUUUAGUGUGUUCCUUGAGGAGGCCUAGUGUGUUUACCUCAAAGGCUGUCAAAGGCAUGAAGGGAUGUCUCUAGGACUCGCUGCUCCCUUUAAGGCAUCUCUACAGGUCUAGGACCAGACUUUGAGAGCCAUGGACCUGAAGCGUUGAAGUCCACUGGGAAGGAGGCGUCGGUUAGCAAGGUGAAAGUAACAGAACCAUGGCUCAGUUUCCCACACCUUUUGGUGGCAGCCUGGAUAUUUGGGCCAUAACUGUAGAGGAAAGAGCAAAACAUGAUCAACAGUUCCAUAGUUUAAAGCCAAUAUCUGGAUUUAUUACUGGUGAUCAAGCUAGAAACUUUUUUUUUCAAUCUGGGUUACCUCAGCCUGUUUUAGCACAGAUAUGGGCGCUCGCUGAUAUGAAUAAUGAUGGCAGGAUGGAUCAAGUGGAGUUUUCCAUUGCUAUGAAACUCAUCAAGCUGAAGCUCCAAGGAUAUCAGCUCCCCUCUGCGCUUCCCCCUGUCAUGAAACAACAACCAGUUGCUAUUUCUAGUGCACCAGCGUUUGGUAUGGGAGGUAUCGCCAGCAUGCCGCCGCUGACCGCUGUUGCUCCUGUGCCAAUGGGUUCCAUUCCCGUUGUCGGGAUGUCUCCCCCCCUAGUAUCAUCUGUUCCUGCAGCAGGGGUGCCCCCCCUGGCUAACGGGGCGCCCCCGGUCAUACAGCCUCUGCCUGCAUUUGCUCAUCCUGCUGCCACAUUGCCAAAGAGUUCUUCCUUCAGCAGAUCUGGCCCAGGCUCGCAGCUGAACACGAAGCUGCAGAAGGCACAGUCGUUCGACGUGGCCAGCGUCCCUCCUGCAGCUGAGUGGGCUGUUCCUCAGUCAUCCAGGCUGAAAUAUAGACAGCUCUUCAAUAGUCACGACAAAACCAUGAGUGGACACCUGACAGGUCCCCAAGCAAGAACUAUUCUUAUGCAAUCAAGUUUACCACAGGCUCAGCUGGCUUCAAUAUGGAAUCUUUCUGACAUUGAUCAAGAUGGAAAACUCACAGCGGAAGAAUUUAUCCUGGCUAUGCACCUCAUUGAUGUAGCUAUGUCUGGCCAGCCACUGCCACCGGUCCUGCCCCCAGAAUACAUCCCACCUUCCUUUAGAAGAGUUCGAUCUGGUAGUGGUAUAUCUGUCAUAAGCUCAACUUCGGUGGAUCAGAGGUUACCAGAGGAACCAGUUUUGGAAGAUGAACAGCAACAACUAGAAAAGAAACUACCUGUAACCUUUGAAGAUAAGAAGCGGGAGAACUUUGAACGGGGCAACCUGGAGCUGGAGAAGCGGAGACAAGCGCUCUUGGAGCAGCAGCGUAAAGAGCAGGAGCGCCUGGCCCAGCUGGAGCGGGCGGAGCAGGAGCGGAAGGAGCGGGAGCGCCAGGAGCAGGAGCGCAAAAGACAACUGGAGCUGGAAAAGCAGCUGGAGAAGCAGCGGGAGCUGGAGCGGCAGAGGGAGGAGGAGCGCCGGAAGGACAUCGAGAGGCGGGAGGCUGCAAAACGGGAGCUUGAAAGGCAAAGACAGCUUGAAUGGGAACGGAAUCGAAGACAAGAACUAUUAAAUCAAAGAAACAAAGAACAAGAAGACAUAGUUGUGCUGAAAGCAAAGAAAAAGACUUUGGAAUUUGAAUUAGAAGCUCUAAAUGAUAAAAAACAUCAAUUAGAAGGAAAACUUCAGGAUAUCAGAUGUCGAUUGACAACCCAAAGGCAAGAAAUUGAGAGCACAAACAAAUCUAGAGAGUUGAGAAUUGCAGAAAUCACCCACCUACAACAACAAUUACAGGAGUCCCAGCAAAUGCUUGGAAGACUUAUUCCAGAAAAACAGAUACUCAAUGACCAACUGAAACAAGUUCAGCAAAACAGUUUGCACAGGGAUUCACUUCUCACACUCAAAAGAGCCCUAGAAGCGAAAGAACUGGCUCGGCAGCAGCUACGAGACCAGCUGGAUGAAGUGGAGAAAGAAACUAGAUCAAAAUUACAGGAGAUAGAUAUUUUCAACAAUCAGCUGAAGGAACUUAGAGAAAUACAUAAUAAGCAGCAACUCCAGAAACAGAAGUCCAUAGAGGCUGAACGACUGAAACAGAAGGAACAAGAACGAAAGAUCCUGGAAUUAGAAAAACAAAAAGAAGAAGCCCAAAGACGAGCUCAGGAAAGGGACCAGCAGUGGUUGGAGCACGUGCACCAGGAGGAUGAGCAGCAACGGCCACGAAAACCCCACGAGGAGGAGAAGCUCAAAAGGGAAGAGAGUGUCAAAAGGAAGGACAGUGAGGAGAAGGGCAAACCGGAAAUGCAAGACAAGCUGAGUCGGCUUUUCCACCAGCAUCAAGAACCAGCUAAGCCCGCUGUCCAGGCUCCUUGGUCCACUGCAGAAAAAGGCCCACUUACGAUUUCUGCACAGGAGAAUGUAAAAGUGGUGUAUUACCGAGCACUCUAUCCCUUUGAGUCCAGGAGUCACGAUGAAAUCACGAUCCAGCCGGGAGAUAUAGUCAUGGUGGACGAAAGCCAAACUGGAGAACCGGGAUGGCUUGGAGGAGAAUUAAAAGGAAAGACGGGAUGGUUCCCUGCAAACUACGCAGAGAAAAUCCCAGAAAACGAGGUUCCCGCCCCAGUCAAACCAGUGACUGAGGUGGCCUCCACCCCUACACCCAAAGUGGCUGUGCGUGAGACCCCCGCCCCUUUGGCUGCAGCCCCUGCAGAGCCCUCCGAGACCCCCAACAACUGGGCCGACUUCAGCUCCACGUGGCCCACUAGCACCAGUGAGAAGCCAGAAACAGACAACUGGGACGCAUGGGCAGCCCAGCCCUCCCUCACCGUGCCAAGCGCCGGGCAGUUGAGGCAGAGAUCGGCCUUCACUCCAGCCACGGCCACAGGCUCAUCUCCAUCUCCUGUUUUAGGCCAGGGUGAAAAGGUGGAGGGGCUACAGGCGCAAGCCCUGUAUCCGUGGAGAGCCAAGAAAGACAACCAUUUAAAUUUUAACAAAAAUGAUGUCAUCACCGUACUGGAGCAGCAAGACAUGUGGUGGUUUGGAGAAGUGCAAGGCCAGAAGGGUUGGUUCCCCAAGUCCUACGUGAAACUCAUUUCAGGGCCCGUCAGGAAAUCGACAAGCAUGGAUUCUGGUUCCUCAGAAAGUCCCGCAAGUCUGAAGAGGGUAGCUUCCCCAGCAGCCAAGCCAGCCGUGUCGGGAGAAGAAUUUAUUGCCAUGUACACUUACGAGAGUUCUGAGCAAGGCGAUUUAACCUUUCAGCAAGGGGAUGUGAUUUUGGUUACCAAGAAAGAUGGUGACUGGUGGACAGGAGCGGUGGGCGACAAGUCCGGCGUCUUCCCUUCUAACUAUGUGAGGCUUAAAGAUGCAGAGGGCUCUGGAACUGCUGGGAAAACAGGGAGUUUAGGAAAAAAACCUGAAAUUGCGCAGGUCAUUGCCUCCUACACAGCUACGGGUCCUGAGCAGCUUACCCUGGCCCCCGGUCAGCUGAUCCUGAUCCGGAAAAAGAAUCCCGGUGGAUGGUGGGAAGGAGAGCUACAGGCACGUGGGAAAAAGCGCCAGAUAGGCUGGUUCCCUGCUAAUUACGUCAAACUUUUAAGCCCUGGGACGAGCAAGAUUACUCCAACAGACCCACCGAAGCCAGCAGCAUUCCCAGCAGUGUGCCAGGUGAUCGGGGUGUACGACUAUACUGCGCAGAACGACGACGAGCUGGCCUUCAGCAAGGGCCAGGUCAUCAACGUCCUCAACAAGGAGGACCCCGACUGGUGGAAGGGCGAAGUCCACGGGCAGGUGGGGCUCUUCCCGUCCAACUACGUGAAGCUGACCACGGACAUGGACCCCAGCCAGCAAUGGUGUUCAGACUUACACCUCUUGGAUAUGCUGACCCCAACUGAGAGAAAGCGACAGGGGUACAUCCACGAGCUCAUUGUCACAGAGGAGAACUACGUGAAUGACCUGCAGCUGGUCACAGAGAUCUUUCAGAAACCCCUGAUGGAGUCUGAGCUGCUGACAGAAAAAGAGGGUGCUAUGAUUUUUGUUAACUGGAAGGAGCUGAUUAUGUGUAAUAUCAAACUACUGAAAGCGCUGAGGGUCCGCAAGAAGAUGUCUGGAGAGAAGAUGCCCGUGAAGAUGAUCGGGGACAUCCUGACGGCCCAGCUGCCACACAUGCAGCCCUACAUCCGCUUCUGCAGCUGCCAGCUCAACGGGGCCGCCUUGAUCCAGCAGAAGACCGAUGAGGCCCCGGACUUCAAGGAGUUUGUCAAAAGACUGGCCAUGGACCCACGCUGUAAGGGAAUGCCCCUGUCUAGUUUUAUACUGAAGCCCAUGCAACGAGUAACGAGAUACCCACUGAUCAUUAAAAAUAUCCUGGAAAACACUCCGGAAAACCACCCGGACCACAGCCACCUGAAGCAUGCCCUGGAGAAGGCAGAGGAGCUGUGCUCCCAGGUGAAUGAAGGAGUGCGGGAGAAGGAGAACUCGGACCGACUGGAGUGGAUCCAGGGCCACGUGCAGUGUGAAGGCCUGUCGGAGCAACUUGUGUUCAAUUCCGUGACCAACUGCUUGGGGCCACGCAAGUUUCUGCACAGCGGGAAGCUCUACAAGGCCAAGAGCAACAAGGAGCUGUAUGGCUUCCUCUUCAACGACUUCCUGCUGCUGACCCAAAUCAUCAAGCCCCUGGGCUCCUCUGGCACCGACAAAGUCUUCAGCCCCAAAUCAAACCUGCAGUAUAAAAUGUACAAAACACCUAUUUUCCUAAAUGAGGUUCUAGUGAAGUUGCCCACUGACCCUUCUGGGGAUGAACCCAUCUUCCACAUUUCCCAUAUCGACCGGGUCUACACCCUCCGAGCAGAGAGCAUAAACGAAAGGACUGCCUGGGUGCAGAAGAUCAAAGCAGCUUCUGAACUCUACAUAGAGACGGAGAAGAAGAAGCGGGAGAAGGCGUACCUGGUCCGCUCCCAAAGAGCCACAGGCAUCGGAAGGUUGAUGGUGAACGUGGUUGAAGGCAUUGAGCUGAAACCUUGUCGGUCACAUGGAAAGAGUAACCCGUACUGCGAGGUGACCAUGGGCUCCCAGUGCCACAUCACCAAGACCAUUCAGGACACCCUGAACCCCAAGUGGAACUCCAACUGCCAGUUCUUCAUCAGAGACCUGGAGCAGGAGGUGCUGUGUAUCACUGUGUUUGAGAGGGACCAGUUCUCGCCAGAUGAUUUUUUGGGUCGGACGGAGAUCCGCGUGGCCGACAUCAAGAAGGACCAGGGCUCCAAGGGUCCAGUUACGAAGUGUCUCCUGCUGCACGAAGUCCCCACAGGAGAGAUCGUGGUCCGCUUGGACCUGCAGUUGUUCGAUGAACCAUAGGGAGCCCGCCAGGGCACGCUUGGCAGAGCUCAGCCCGAGGCAGCGGAUGCUGCCUGCCUGGAAACAGCAUGGCUUUUCGAGGACCGGCGUUUGGUGUUCAGCCACAGGGCAGCAGGGCAGAGAAGAUAGGCCCCUCCAAGCUUCUGGGACUGCUUCUUGACAAUCCUUCCCCUAAAUCAUUUCCCAUGUUAGGAAACAGGACUGUGUUUUCCUUUGUCCUCACUGCGGGGCUCAUCGUGGCUUCUAGGAUCUUUGAAGUCCCAUCGCCCCCCAGCUACCUUUGGUGGGGUGUCCGUCCCAUCCCUGGGCCUGAGGCUUGAGUCUGGUUACUGUAAAAUAGGUUCAUAAAUGCAACGUCUAUAUUUUUGGAGAACUCUUGGGACCCUCCUGUUUCUUUCCUCCACCAGCCUCCAAGCAGGCCCUCCAGGAUGCCUAGUCCUUGGUAUGUUUAGAAAUGAUCACGCUGAUCAUGUCAUUGCUUCAGAAUCUCAUUUCCCCACUGGGACCUCAUUGGAAAUGCUGCCCUGGGUCUGA